AUGAAUGUUCGCGACCCUUUCAAUCUACACCAGAACUCCGCCCUUAGCGUUUUCAAAAUUACGGCUGCCCGAGCUGCCCAUAACAUCAAAGAAAAAGCAGUCGAGGCCGGAGCCACUGCGCUGAACGACAUGUCUUUCAAUGUCCCAAAGAACGUUCCCUCCUUCAGCAAUCCCCAGCGACAACUAGAAGACAGAUAUUGGGGCGCCUCUGCCAGCAGCAGCCGAUCCUACCGUGGAGGCAACUCUGGUAUCUUCAACGGUGUGCAGGGGCGGGUAGAAGACCUUCUUGGUACCAAGGGCCAGCUUCCCAUGUACAAGGACAAGCCCUAUGCCCACCACGCAAGCCGGAGGUUUCGGCCUCUCUGGCGGCGCAAGCGCUCCAUCCUCGUCACCCUUCUCUGCUUCGUGACAGGUCUUUGGUUCUUUGGCUUCUUCUCAGAGGGUUCCAAGGCCCGCGAAUCGGCAACGACAUGGACUGGUUGGCUUGGUGCGACAGAGCCCACGGGCAAGAAGGUGGACUGGCUCAAGAGACGGGAGAGGGUGGUUGAGGCCUUUGAGCUCAGCUGGGAUGCCUACGAACGCUAUGCUUGGGGAUACGACGAGUACCACCCCAUUGCGAAGACCGGACGGCAGAUGGCACCCAAGGGACUUGGUUGGAUCAUCAUCGAUUCGCUCGACACCAUGAUGUUGAUGAACUUGACAUCACGCCUGAGCCAUGCGAGGCAAUGGCUUGCCAAUGACUUGACGUGGGAUCAAGACCAAGACGUCAACACAUUUGAGACAACCAUCAGAAUGAUGGGUGGCCUUCUCUCUGCGCAUUUCCUGUCCACCGAGUUUCCCGAGCUGGCCGCGAUCAAAGACGACGACCCAGGCGCGCCUGGUGAGGACUUGUACUUGGAAAAAGCAAAGGAUCUGGCCGAUCGUCUGAUGAGCGCUUUUGACUCGCCGUCGGGAGUUCCUUACGCCAGCGUCAACCUGGCCACCUACAAGGGCAUCGUAUCCCACGCUGACGGCGGCGCCUCCUCGACCGCAGAGACGACGACUCUACAGCUCGAAUUCAAGUACCUAGCCAAGCUGACCGGCGAAAAGGACUUCUGGGACAAGGUCGAGCGGGUCAUGAAGGUGGUUGACGAUAAUGGUGCUCAGGAUGGACUUGUUCCCAUCUACCUCUACGCCACGACGGGAGAGUUCAGGGGAGACAACAUUCGCCUGGGCUCCCGCGGAGACUCGUACUAUGAGUACCUGAUCAAGCAGUAUCUGCAGACGAACAAGCAAGAGCCCGUCUACCUGGAGAUGUGGGACGAAGCCCUAGCAGGAGUCCGCAAGCACCUGAUCACCUACAGCAAACCCUCUGGGUUUACUGUUCUCGGAGAGCGACCUUCUGGCCUGAACCACGAACUGUCUCCGAAGAUGGACCACCUCGUCUGCUUCAUGCCCGGUACCAUUGCUUUGGGGGCAACGGGAGGUAUUCCCGAGGCAGAGGCCAGGAAAUUGCCCACAUGGAACAAGAAGAAGGACGAGGACAUGAAGCUGGCCCGCGAGCUCAUGCAGACGUGUUGGGGCAUGUACAAGUGGAUGGCAACAGGGCUUGCUGCCGAGAUCACCUACUUCAAUAUCGACAACCCACCCGCGUCUCCCUCGGCCUCGCACCACCCGCCCAAGGACUUUGAUCCGGACCCGCAUGCCAAGUGGCGACAGGACUUUGAGGUACACUCUCAGGAUGUCCACAACCUUCAACGACCAGAGACCAUUGAGAGUGUCUUUUACAUGUGGAGAAUCACUGGCGACAUCAAGUACCGUGAAUGGGGUUGGGAGAUGUUCAAGUCGUUUGUCAACUACACCUCGGUCGAGGAUGGUGGAGGCUUUACGAGUUUGAGCAACGCCAACACGAUCCCCCCGGUUACGCGCGACAACCUGGAAAGUUUCUGGAUGGCCGAGACACUCAAGUACUUCUAUCUCCUUUUUUCACCGGAUGACUUGUUGCCCAUGGACAAGGUUGUCUUCAACACGGAAGCGCACCCGCUCCCCCGGUUCGAUAUGGGCAAGCUCUUCAGCACAGGCUGGCAGCGCAAGCCAAGAGACGCCAACGGAAAGCUGAUUAUCAAGGAAGACUCCCUCACCCUCGGGAGCAGCUACAGCAUGCGGCGGGAACCUAUCUACGACCCCAGCCCCGCGCCGGGCGUCCUGAGCCGUGUGCUCGAGAGCUUCAGACGCGCGCCGACCCAGAUGUCCGACGGCAGCAUCCACAGGCCAAAGAGCAACUCGUCCCUGGACCUCGAGCCCGGUCACGAGAGGGUGCUGAACGGCGUGCACUACUACGAUAUCCGCCUCGCCAACUUGCAGACCUCGCACUCCCUCCUCUCGAGAAAGCUUAAGGGCCGGCAUUUGCAGAUGAUUGCCAUUGGCGGUUCCAUCGGCACGGGACUAUUCGUAGCUUCUGGACAGGCGCUCGAGGUGGGCGGGCCGGCGUCGUUGCUGAUUGCCUUCUCGCUCGUGGGCGCAAUGUUAUACUGCACUUGUCAGGCGUUGGGAGAGUUGGCUGUUGCUUUCCCCGUUGCAGGUUCGUUCUCGGCAUACUCCACGCGAUUUCUGGACCCAUCAUGGGGUUUUGCCAUGGGGUGGAACUAUGCACUGCAAUGGCUUAUUGUACUACCCCUCGAAAUCAUUGCGGCUGCAAUCACAAUAACGUACUGGCAGGAGGGCAUAACCAAGGCUUACUUUGUCACCAUCUUCCUUAUCGGUAUCGUCGCUAUCAACCUCUUUGGUAUUAAAGGGUAUGGUGAGGCCGAAUUCAUAUUCUCAAUCAUCAAGAUCAUCGCGGUGAUUGGCUUCAUCUUGCUAGGAAUCGUUCUCAACUGCGGCGGGACUCCAGACUCGGGCUAUAUCGGCGGCCGCUUCUGGCAAACACCAGGCGCAUUUCACAAUGGAUUCAAAGGCCUCUGUAGCGUCUUUGUCACCGCUGCCUUUGCUUUUGCUGGCACUGAGCUGGUUGGUCUGGCAGCGGCCGAAGCGGCAAACCCUCGCAAAUCCCUCCCAACCGCCAUCAAGCAGGUGUUUUGGCGCAUCACCCUGUUUUACGUAGUGGCCCUCACUCUGAUUGGGCUUCUUGUGCCCUACGACGAGGCCCGUCUCCUCGGUGCUUCCUCCUCCGCCGAUGCGACCGCUUCCCCCUUUGUAAUUGCCAUCGAGAACGCCCAGAUUGAUAUUCUACCUUCCGUCAUGAACGCCGUCAUCCUCAUCGCCGUCCUUUCCGUCGGCAACUCGGCCGUGUUUGGUUCCUCUCGAACCCUCGCCGCGCUGGCGGACCAGCACCAAGCCCCGCGUUUCCUCUCGUACGUCGACCGUAAAGGUCGCCCUCUGACGGCCAUCGGCGUUGCAUCCGCCGUCGGCCUCCUCGCCUACCUCGCCGACCUGAAGCAGCAGGACCAGGUCCUCGACUGGCUCCUCGCCAUCUCGGGCCUCUCGUCCAUCUUCACCUGGGCUUCCAUCUGCCUCUGUCAUAUCCGCUUCCGCCACGCCUGGGCCCGCAAGGGCCACGGCCUGCACGAGCUCGCCUUCCGCUCCCAGGUCGGCGUCAUCGGCUCGUGGUGCGGCCUCAUCAUGAACGUCCUCGUCCUCAUCGCCCAGUUCUGGGUCGGUGCCUUCCCCGUCGGCUGGGAGACCUGGGACGCCGAGUCAGUCGCGAAGAACUUUUUCCUGCGGUAUGCCGCGUUCCCUAUCGUGGCCAUCAUGUACGUCGCGCACAAAUUUUACUUCCGGACCGUCUUUAUCCGUAUCGAGGACAUGGACGUCACCACGGGCCGGCGGGACUUUAACCUCGGUAUCCUGGUUGCUCAGGAGCAGGAGGAGAGACGGUCGUGGCCCAGGUGGAAGCGUGUGUACAAGUUUUUGUGUUGA